UCAUCGGGGGACCUGGACGUCACUGUCACCAUAGAGACAGCAACAAGGAUUCGGUUUCAAAAGGUGAAGAGAAGCUGGGAAUUAGGAAGGAGGAAGUGUUUUCUGCCACAGGUCUGAGGAAGGGCAGGCUGGCAUGGAGAAAGAGAAGUUCCAGCAGAAGGCUCUGAAGCAAACUAAGCAGAAGAAAUCCAAGUCGGCUGAAUUUCUGAUGGUAAAAGAAGAGAGAGCAGCAACAGAAGGCAUUGAAAAUCCAGCUUUUAACAUCAGCAGCACAGAUCUUUCAGCAUAUCAGCCUUCAGAAGAGAAAGUUAUUAGACAUGACAAGCCAGAUAGCACCCUUGCAGCUCACCAACAAAAACUCGGGCUGCAAGCCCAUGCUGAACCAAGAGGAAAUGAAUACAGCAGAAAUUACUUUGACCCGUUGAUGGAUGAGGAAAUAAACCCAAGGCAGUGUGGGAUGGAGGUCAGUGAAGAAGAUCCUGUCAAAUUUGAUGAGCAAAUCCUGUAUGGUAAGCUGAUGAGGCUUCUAGAUGAAGAGAACAAGAUGCUGGACUUCCAAGCCCAUGUCGCCAGUGAAGUUUUUGCAGACACUGUGAUGCCUGUCAGCUCCAGUAAGGCACGUGACCUUCACAGGGAGCUUGAAGAUGAAGUGAUUCCUUCAUAUAUCGAACAGUUUGAAAGAGAUGUUCAGGAUGACAUAAUUCUGCUUGGCAGCUUUUCACUGGAACAGGACUCAAAGCACCACAAGGAAAUCUCUCACCACAAGAAACAAAAGUUGCAGGCCAGGAUUCAUGAACUCUUUCAGAGAGUGGGAAGUCAGCCGUUGGAAGCAGAGGAGAAUGGAUGUGAAGAAGAAAUGGCAGCCAGCUUUGGUAACCUUGCAGGUGUGAAUACUGGAUUAAAUGGAGCAGCAGGACCUUGUGGGAAGGUUGACUGCUCCAAGAUACCGCAGCCGAUAGAAAUUCACAUCAAAUGCCUGAGGGGAGUCAAAGAUAAGGUCCCCAAAGGUCACUACACCCUCAAAGUUUCUGUUCUCAGCCGCUUAGGUGGUGGCUCGCUGGAGUGGCCCGAACUAAAGAACCAGCCUUUGGCCAGGGCAACGCUGCCUGUUAGUCAUGAUGGCAACUUCUACAACACUGAAAUCUACUUCGGACAAAGUAUCCAGACAGUUCUGCCACCUAGAAAAGCUGUGAAGCCAGGUAUGGUCCUCCUCUUUGAACUCUUCCUUCUUCGUGGGACCUGUACUUGGAUUGAUCGAGAAGUGGGAUGGGGAGCUUUUCCCUUGUGUGACAACAAUUUUAAUACUUUGGAGGGAAAGUUUAAAUGUCCCUUCCUCAGAGGCCAUUACGACUCCAAAGUUGACAGAUUCAAAAAAAUUGAAAAUUUUAUUUCUCAAGACUUGGAUCAUUGGUUAUGCAAUCUCUACUUUCAGAUAAUUAAACUACCACAGGAUUCAGAUAAGCAAAAUAAGUAUGAUAUGCACCUUUAUCUCCCUCCUGAACUUCUCACGUAUUCAAGCAUUGCUGAAAAGAAUGGUGUCUCAGAGAAGGUGGAACAGUCUGGACCACAAGGGCAACCUCUGACCUCCCCGAAAGAUCCUGACACCCAUAAGGGAAGUAUUCCCACUGCUGUAAAGGAAGUGGAAAAGCAGUUUAAUGCCGCGAAAGGAGGAGAAGCGUGUGUGUCAGAAGAAGCUGGAAGGAAAAGAGAAGAGCUUAAAAUGCUUCCAGCAGAGGAUGAUUUUUACCAAGAUUGCUGUGGCAGUGCAGACAAGCACUAUGGCUCAUUUCAACCAAAGGAAGACCAAGGAGGACACCACAAGAUCAACUGGAAUAACCCACCUGACCAAUGUUAUCAAGAAACAUCAGGUCCUGGGAACAAUGCAAGCCUGGAAGAAGGGAAAACAUCUACAGAGAGCAAUUUUUACUUGGAGGAGUUAGAGAACUAUACCUUUUCUGUGUGCUGCCGUUCUGCUGCUGAAGUGAAACUGUCCAGGCGUGUUGUCGAGCGUUUCCAUUUCGUGGUAUACGCAGCCUUCUCAGCGCUGGGAGCUGCACACUGGCGCUCCAGGGACUUCUGGCUGCUCGCCCUGCUGGUAGUUCUGCUUUGGUUCCUGAGGCUUUACCUGCAUUAUUUGAGCCAAUGGCUCUUCCUUCAGACCAUCUCGGUUCCUGUCACGAAAUUCCAGAUUUUCCCGCACACUGUCGAACUGUGCUACCAGAACUCCUUGCUGCAAACCAGUGAAGAGUUGGUCAUGGUCGUGGUGGGACCCUUAACCUUGAACGCAGGGCUGCUUCUUAUGGUCCUGAUCAGAUGGGGCUGUCAGCAGCUGUUUGACUCAUUCCCUUCCUUCUUGUCAAAGUUUAUCAUAGCUCUGGGACUCUGGACAGUGCUAGACCCCUUGGCAGUGUUCGUAGUGGAUUCAGUCCUGGGGCGACUUGGAAACAGCGUAGAGAAACCCAUUGCUGAUGCUGCAAAGCUCUACUGGGUCUUUCUAAGAGCAGAGGAGUCAGGGAUUCCUGGUGCCUUAAUCACUGCGGUGCUUUAUACAAUCCUGUUCUUCAUCUCAUCAACAGUCUUGUACCUGUACUUUUUAAGGCUACAUAGCGAAGGUUGGCUGUUGGAUAUAUUUCAACGUCUUCAUGGUGAGGAAGGCACGUUCUUUGUUCCGCUGGACUUAGAGAUUUCCAGUCAGGAGCUGAGCUACAUUAUGAAGAGGGCUAAGCAGUGGAGAGGAGUCAACGGUGAAAGACGGAUGACUAUACGAUACAAGCAGAUAGGAGUAAUGCGGAAAAAGCGCAGAAGUUUGCAUCCCUGGCAUCAGCAGGAUCUCGACUAUUUACUUCAGUGUGCACAGGAUCUGCCUCGCAAGGAGGAAGAUUUGUGA